UUAAGAAAAUGUCACGUAAUAUCGAAGAAGGGGAAGAGGAGGAAGAGGAGGAGGAGGAGGAUGAAGCACCAGUAACUUUACGUAAGAGUACCGGUUUCAAAAUGGUUACGAGUAUUGCACCGACUGUCAAUCAGAAUGCAACUGAAAUAACAAGUAGCACUGAUAGCCAGCCGACUAAAAUAGUUCAUGAAACACGUACGGAGUCAUAUGAAGAACAAACACCAAAUCUAGCGGAAGUUGCGAGAAAAGAAGCAGAAUUAAAUCAAGCGAGAAUUAUUGCCGAGCAGAAAGAAGCAAUGGAGAGAGCACAGCAAGAAGCGCUUCAACGAGCACAAUUGGCUCAGCAACAAGCUAUAAAGGAAGCACAGGAACGUGCUAAACGUGAAGCUCAGAUGCGUGUUCAGGAAGCACAAGCUGAAGCUAAGGCCAAGCAAGCCGAGGCUGAAGCAAAAGCUAAGCAAGCUCAAGCUGAGGCAAAGGCUAAACAAGCCGAAGCUGAAGCUAAAAAAAGGGCUGAGCAAGAAGCACAACGACGAGCUCAACGAGAAGCUCAGAUUAAAGCGGAACGGGAGCGCGCAGAGCAACUUCGUGCCCAGCAGCAGGCCAAGAUGAUGGCUGCCAAACAGCCUCAACAACCGCAAGUUCAAGCACAAAAUUUACAGCAAAAUCAACCACUGAAUGUUCAACAGCGACAACAGCAACAGCAACCUCAAAUGAUGACAAAACAGUCUCAGAUUCAGGCGUCAAACUAUCAGGCACCAAUAAAACAAGUGCAACAGACGCCUCAGCAACAACAACAAAAAAAAGGCCCAGCAGUACCAACAAAACCUGAGCAAACAUCAUUAACACGUCAAACUGCGCCUUCAGCAAUAGCUGCAGGUGGUCCAGCAGGUCAUAAAUUAUCUGCAAGAGGCGUGCUACAGGCUCAGGCUUCACCAGCAUCUGCAACACUUGCUCAACAGCAGACAUCAGGCGCACAGUUGAUUCCAAACAUUGGCGACAAGAUCCAAGUGAUGAGAGGUGGCGAUGUACAGCAAGCUUAUCUAAAUAGCCUCAACAAGCCGGCGGAAGUAUUGCCACAACAAGAAAUAAAACCGAUCCAUGCACAGGAUGAUCAAUCAUGGGUAACGCAAAAUCGAAUCCCAGUUGAAAUCCAAGCUCCUCAACCAGCGAAAAUCACUAUCCCAGAACUGCACGGAAGUGUUGAAGUUAAGCCAACUGUGAUUGUUCCUCGCCCUGCACAAACAACUCGUGUAGAAUGGAAUGAAUUUCCACAGGAAGGAACAAAGGAACUAAUAGAUGUACCACGGAUUAAAGCUGGCGAAUGGCAUCCCGACAAUCAGGGUGAAAUUAUUGGCGCACAGCCGGUCAGAAGUGCUUAUCAACCGGGUCGUAUUGGGCAUGUUUGGCCUCCACCACAAAGUGAAAAUGUCCCACCACCACAAGAAGUAAAAGUAACUAAAACAGCGGAAGAUACGACAUGGAGACGCGAUGAGAAAGUAGAAACGGAAACCGGGCCAGCUUGGGGUAAGACUGUUCCCCAUAAUUUGCAAAGAGUUUGGCCGCCACCAGAAAAUGAAGUUCGUAUAGAUAGAUCUGUUGGUUCACGAUUGAAAACCAUACAAUGGCCACCACCAGAAUUUGAACAACAAAUUCAACAGGACGUUGAUAUUCUUCAAACACGACUACCUGUAAAGCCAAAUCAACGCCAAUGGCCACCACCACCACCUGAAUAUGCACCAGCUGUUGAGCAGAAUGAAACAAAAAUGGAUGAAAAAAUAACAACAAAACAGGCACCCGCUCAACAGAUGCAAAAUAGGACGACUACAACUACAAUAACGAGGGGAAUGGUACGUGUUGGCGAAGCAAGAUGA